AUGGCGGCUCCGGUGGUGGACGCCGAGUACCUGCGCCAGGUCGACAGGGCGCGCCGUGCCCUCCGCGCCCUCAUCGCCUCCAAGGGAUGCGCCCCCAUCAUGCUCCGCCUCGCAUGGCAUGAUGCUGGCACGUAUGAUGUGAACACAAGAACUGGUGGUGCAAAUGGUUCAAUUAGAUACGAGGAAGAGUACACCCAUGGUUCAAAUGCUGGCUUAAAAAUUGCUAUUGAUCUCCUCGAGCCUAUUAAAGCGAAGCAUCCAAAGAUUACAUAUGCAGACCUUUAUCAGCUUGCUGGAGUAGUUGCAGUUGAAGUCACGGGGGGUCCAACUGUUGAGUUCAUCCCUGGAAGACGUGAUUCGUCAGUUUGUCCCCGUGAAGGGCGCCUUCCUGAUGCUAAGAAAGGCGCACCACAUCUGAGGGACAUCUUUUAUCGAAUGGGCUUAACAGACAAAGAUAUUGUAGCACUAUCUGGGGGCCACAGUCUGGGAAAGGCACAUCCUGAAAGGUCUGGGUUUGACGGUGCAUGGACUCGUGAUCCUCUGAAGUUUGACAACUCAUACUUUCUUGAGCUACUGAAAGGGGAAUCAGAAGGUCUUCUGAAGCUCCCUACUGAUAAGGCAUUGUUGGAUGAUCCUGAAUUUAGACGCUAUGUGGAGCUUUAUGCAAAGGACGAGGAUGCUUUCUUCAAGGACUACGCUGAAUCACACAAGAAACUUUCUGAACUUGGCUUCACACCACGGAUCAGUGGCGCAGCAUCUACAAAAUCAGAUGUUUCAACUGCUGUUGUACUUGCACAGAGUGCAGUUGGGGUAGCAGUUGCGGCAGCUGUAGUCAUCGCGGGCUACCUGUACGAGGCUUCCAAGAGGAGCAAGUAA